UGACCAGCACCUGUAAAUGACACUCAACUCAACAGCGUGACAUUCAGCGCCGGACAAACUCGAGUGCACGUUUUGACCCUUUCGGCUUGUCAUAAGAAACUCGAGUGCACGUUUUGACCCUUUCGGCUUGCCAUACCGGCUGCACGCAAACCAAUGAAAAUGCACGAGUUAUAUGUUUUCCCUUCAAAGUGUGUGGCAUCUUUCCGCUCCGUGCAUGCAUAUUUCUCCCCGAACUGCUAAACGUGUGGUGCAUGCAUGCAUUUGAGGCUGCACAUAUGCAUGGCCGUCAUCCGGGUGGCAUUCGUGCAGCAGACGCCAGAGAGGGCGAGAGAGCCGCUCACAUCACGGUAAAUCAAAGGUGAACGGGGCGGAGUAGCAGUACUAAAUGGAUAGCCGAGCAUGGCGUCCGCGUUCGGCUCCAGGACUCUGAGUAAAGAUGAUGUGAACUACAGGAUGCAUUUCCGCACGAUCAACGAGCAGCAGGUGGAGGACAUCACCAUCGACUUCUUCUACAAGCCGCACACCAUCACCCUGCUCACGUGCACCGUGCUCAGCCUCAUGUACUUCGCCUUCACGCGAGAUGAUGGAAACCCUGACAAUAACCUGUGGGUGGGUCUCAUCCUGGUCAUCUCCUUCUUCCUGGUCAUCAGCGUUCUCGCCUUCCCCAACGGUCCUUUCACAAGACCCCAUCCAGCAAUAUGGCGGAUAGUUUUCGGAUUGAGUGUGCUGUACUUCCUCUUCCUGGUUUUCAUCAUCUUCCUGAACUGGGAGCAGGUCAAGUCUCUUAUGUUCUGGCUGGAUUUCCAAUCUGCACGGGAAGCGAACGUAAUCGAGUAUGCCGUGAACUGUCAUGUGAUCACCUGGGAGCGAAUCCUCAGCCACUUCGACAUCUUCGCCUUCAGUCAUUUCUGGGGCUGGGGCAUGAAGGCUCUGCUGAUCCGCAGCUAUGGCCUGUGCUGGACCAUCAGCAUCACCUGGGAGCUGACCGAGCUGUUCUUCAUGCAUCUUCUUCCGAAUUUCGCGGAGUGCUGGUGGGAUCAGGUGAUCCUGGAUAUCCUGCUGUGUAACGGAGGAGGGAUCUGGCUGGGAAUGACGGUCUGCCGCUUCCUGGAGAUGCGCACGUAUCACUGGGCCAGCAUCAAAGACAUCCACAGCACCACGGGGAAGAUCAAGCGCGCCGCGCUACAAAAUACGCCGGCCAGCUGGACAUACGUGCGCUGGCUCGACCCCAAGUCCUCCUUACAGAGAGUGACGGGAGUCUAUCUGUUCAUGAUCAUCUGGCAGCUGACGGAGCUGAACACCUUCUUCCUGAAGCACAUCUUCGUGUUCCCAGCAUGCCACGCUCUCAGCUGGUGCCGGAUUCUGUUCAUCGGGAUCAUCACGGCUCCUACUGUACGGCAGUAUUACGCCUAUCUGACGGACACACAGUGCAAGCGGGUCGGGACUCAGUGCUGGGUGUUCGGGGCGAUCGCUUUCCUGGAGGCUCUGGCCUGCGUUAAAUUUGGACAGGACUUGUUUUCCAAGACGCAGGUUCUCUAUGUGUUUUUGUGGCUUGUGUGUUUGGCUUUCAUCACGUUCCUGUGUCUGUAUGGGAUGGUGUGGUACGCGGAGAACUACGGGCCCCGAGAGAAGAGCUUCUCGGAGUGUGAGGACAGUAUGUGCACGGAGCCGGACGACGCUGAGUCUGAAUGCAGAGGGGAGUUUGAGACGGACAGCACAACUUCCUCUUCUACCAGGAAACGGAGGGACUCUGUGAAUAACACUAGCAUCAACGGCGUGGAGAAAUAAACCUGACUCUGAAGCUUUUGCACACGUGUGGUCAGAUGAGAUGAUGAAGGGUGGGACUGGCUCAGGUCUGGUCAGACGCAAGACUAUACUGUGUUUAGUUAGCUGUUAAACUACAGAGACUGGUUAACCAGGUUAGAUCCCGAGCAGUGCUGUGCGUCACGCGAGACUCGUAACUGUGCUGUCAUAUGUCACUCAUGUAUUUUACUGUAUGCAGCUGAUUUCAGAUUAUGUUAUCAUAUCAUAUAUAAUGUGUCUACAAACAAUCACGUAUUUUAAAGUCAACAUGAACUCAGAAUUUACCCUUUUUACCUCUUAACACGCUUUCUUUUUGUGCA